CAGUAUCGACCCGUAACAUUGUUGACACUGGGGGUUACUUAAACAUUGGUAUUGUUUGGUUGAAGAUUAACUUGGCACUCAAUCAAUAGCAAGAUUAGUAUAUAUAUAUAUAUAUGAGUGAUCAUAGUUGCAAAGCAUUGCAGAUAUCAGUCAUCAAAAUGAAGGUGAUAUAUGCUGGAUACCCCAAAACGGGGACCAAGACAAUCACUGCGGCUUUGCGAAUAUUGGGAUUCAGUGUAUACGAUUUUAUGGAAAACACUACAAUUUUGGGCAAAGACUGGGUAAAGAUUUUUAGAGAUGGAUGGACCACUGAAGAUUUUAAAAGAAUGUACGAAAACGUAGACGCGGUUUCUGACUUGCCACCGUGCUACUUCUGGGAAGAAAUUCACAAAGCUUUUCCGGAAGCAAAGAUCAUUUUGACUACCAGAGAUGAAGAGUCAUGGUAUAGAAGUUUAGUCAAGCAGAUGAGAUCAAAUGAAUCCAGCUGGACUCUGAAGAUAUUAUCAAUUCUAUCACCGACUGGUCGUUUGUCAUUUAAGAUACUCCUUGGUUCUAUAAUAGGUCUUCAGGCAUUGGGUAUAAAAGAUUCAUUGCUCUGGAAACCCUUUAAACGAUUUGCUCUCAAUGAACAACUCUUCAAAUUGAAAUUUAGAAUGCAUAACGCAUACGUACUCCAGAACGCACCUCCCGAAAAGCUUCUGGUUUACAAUUAUAAUCAGGGAUGGGAACCUUUAUGCGAAUUUUUGGGCGUUCCUGUACCAGACGUGCCGUUUCCUCACAAGAAUAAAGGCGCUGAUAUUGUGGCCGAAUAUCUUGCCACUGAUCCGAUCAUGAACAAAAUCAAAAGAGAAGCGAUGUUGUCAAUGACCAUCAUUUCUAUACUUGGAUGCAUCGGGGGAUUCUUUCUGGUCAGAAAAUGGCCGAAAAUAUGUGGAGUCUCUUAAACUACGCUGCCGAACAAUUAGUUUUAUUUGUUGGAUAAAUCGAGACUAUAAUAACCUAUUAACUACAAUCCGAGUAAUUAGUCGAAGACCACAUAUUUUUAACUAAAUGUUGUUUGUAUAUACUGUACGUAUUUUAUGGAUACGUUUCUUUCUAAAAGCAUCAUUGAAUAAUGACUCGACAAAAGGACGUGUACUCGAGUCCUAAAAUAAGUGAAUGCGACUCUCAAGUAGUUAGCGAUCCGGUUCGAUGAAUGUAGUUGAGCUUAUUCAACGGAUUUUAGUCUCAUCAUGUUUUUCCGAUAAUCCAGUUUAGUGUUAGCGUGAUUUAUGUUACGAGUGCUUCUAUAAAUUCCCAAUACGAAACAUAAUUCUAUCCAUUCCGCUACGAAUUAAAAUUUAUAGCUAUAUGUGCCACAAAAA